UGAGACACACCUCCACCGAGGGAGGAUGGGAUUGUUUUGAGGGUGCGAGCUGAGUCGUGCCACAGUCGGAGGCAGACAUCGGAGCUGCACGGCUGUGCCUGUGUGUGUGUGUGUUUGUGUGUGUGUGUGUGUGUCUGCACGCAUCAUGCUCCCGCUUGGAUGCUAAUUCUCCUGCUCCUGAUCGGAUUUAAAGAAAACAGCUGGGGUGUCAUUUUUUUUUCGGGGAGGGGGGCUGCAUGCUGGGAGCUCCGCCAGGGAAUCACAACAGUAUUAAUAAUAAAAGGUGGGGGUAGGGUGUCGGAGAGGGUGGUGGGGGGGAGGGAUAAUCUUACACCACGCUUGAGCGAUGUUCUGCGGGAUUCUCUGUGUGGUCACAAAGGCUUUUCCCUCUCGCUAAAGGACCGAUGGGGGGACGCGGCGGCGGCUUGCCAUGCUUGAAUCCCACCUCCGCGUCCCAGACCUUUUUGGUGACCGCUGCCAGAUCCACCGAGGACCCCCCCACCCCUACCCUCCGUUUGCCCCCUAAAGCCGCAAACAUCCUCCACAUGCCCGGUCUGUACCUUUGGCCGCUCGAGUGUCUUCAUCCCUUCUGACGCCUAAAUGAGCUCUCUGACCUCGUUGCUCCGACGUCACCCCCUGAGCCCCUUUAUAUUCCGUCAUGUUCCAUCACUGGGGUUGAUCCGACUUUCACUCUCCCGUUCCCAACCCUCGUCCCAAUCGCCCGUCCUCUGACCCCUACCCUAUUUGCCCUCUUUCCCCCCAAAACUGCUUUCCCCUUCAUGACCAUGUUGCCAUGUGUCUGCUGGCUCCAGCCUGUCCUCAUGGUGCUGACCUCUGUGUUCUGGACCCGUGGGGAGAACUGCCCAGCGACUUGCUUGUGCCCGGACCCCCACACGGUGGACUGCAGCGGCCGCGGGCUGACCCACCUCCCGGAUGAGAUCCCCCUCGACGUCCGCCGGCUCCUGCUGGCCGACAACUGGAUACCCCGCAUCCCCUCCGACUUCCUGGUUCUGUACAGUGACUUGGUCUACCUGGACUUGCGGAACAACACGUUGUCAUACAUUGAGCCGGGGACCCUCAGCACCUCUUCUCGGCUGGUCUUCCUGGACCUUGGCAGCAACAACUUGACAGAAAUCCCCAAGGGCACUUUCGGGGAGUCCCGGAGCUUGAUCAAACUUCGACUGGGUAACAACCCCUACUUGAGCAUGGUGAACGAAGACGCCUUCCUGGGACUCACCUCGCUCCGGGAAUUAGAACUGGAGCGUAACGCUCUUUCGGGCCUCAAGGUGGGCGCGCUAAGUCAGCUGCCCUCCCUGCGGGUGGUGAGGCUGGAGGGCAACCCUUGGGUGUGCAACUGCAACUUUUCCAGUCUUUUUGCGUGGCUCAUGGAGAACAGUCAAAAGCUUCCCAAUGGAGUGGAAGGCAUGGAGUGCUCCCUCCCCAUGGAUGGCCGCCGCGUGUCCCUGACCCAGCUCUCCAAUGACAGCUUCCGCGAGUGCCAGGCCAGCCUGACUCUUACGGACCUGCUCAUUAUCAUUUUCUCGGGCAUUUCCGUGUCUGUGGUAGCCAUCAUGACCAGCUUCUUCCUGGUCACCGUUCACUGCUUCCAGCGCUGGAGUAAAGGUUCCAAGGGUGAUGAAGAGGAGAGCGAGGAAUGACAAGUAUGUGCUUUUAUAAAGGGCUGGUGUGAUCCAGAUGUUUCUCACGUGGACAAGGCUCCGCAAAACGGAAGCGUGAGAUGCGCUGACAGAUUUGUGCUGCUUCGUCCCUGCUGAACGUCCGUCCGGGACUUGGAAUCAUUUGGUAAAGUUGUUGAUUUCUUUGCUAAGAGGCAUCUUGACAUGAUAUGAAAAGUCACUCCUGAGGGAUAUGAUAUUAUUAGUGGGCUGCUCAGCUCCACUCAACAUGACUUUGAAUUUUUCAAACAUAGCUUGGGUAGCAAUUUCCAUAGUUUGCUUAAAAAAAGAAAGAAAGAAAAAAAUAAAAAGAAACUGCAGGGAAAAGUUUGGGCUGUGUUCACACCUGUGUUUGGCACUCGUGUCCGGACCAACGUUAACAAAGAGGUACAUGGAUUGGUGUUUUUGAGUUUUUUAAUAUCAAUACCCUUAUGGUAAAGAAUGAUUUUCUCCAAAUAUGAAUUCCCCAAAUCAGCAGAGACUUGCAAGAAAUUCAAAAAACAAAUUCUAAUUUCUCAUAUACAGGUGUGUCUCAAUAAAUAGAAUAUGGAGGAAAACUAUUUCACAAAUUGAACUGAAAAAAUCAACCUGCAAACAAGUGUGAACACAACCUUUAUAAUGAUAUUUCAGAGGGUUCACAGUUGAUCCUACCCAGGAAAUAUACGAAAGAGGUAUACAGACCAAUGACCUCAAUAUUUGACCUAUGACAUCACAUCCUGUCAUUCACGCCGUCUUUUUUUCUAAAAAAAAAAAGACAUGUAGACAGGCAGAUUUCCCGGUAUAUUAUAUAUACUAUGUAGUCACACACAUAUAUAUGUGCACAAUUCAAACAAUCAUCGUAUAAAUCCAGAGAAUAUACUCUUUCUUUAGCUUGAUGUAGAAAGAUGAAAUAGCUCUGAGUAUAACCCUCACAGUUAGAGCAACAAAAAAAAGUGGUAUAAUAAGAGUACGUGUACAACUAUUGUGUCAAUGAAUGCACUUUAAAUGGUGAAAUUAUCAAAUAAUGUGACAGCCCUAAUUACACCAUUCCGACUGGUUUUGUCCUCAUCUGCCAAAGAUCAGGUUGAAGUGAAAAGAGCCUUUAGGAUUUUAAUUUACUCCAUUUUUCUUCUUUUAUUCAUUUCAGUGUUUCAAAUUCAGCGAGCCAUCAUUGUCAUAUUACUGCCAGGCCACUUGAGGCCCUCAGACUUCAUCAUGAAAUCUUUCCAUUUAAGAGUGCCCAUUAGAAGUCACUUAAUAAAUGAUCAACAUUAGACUGCCGAUCCCUCGUUGUGCUUGUAGAAACGUUCUUCCUGCAUAUAAAGCUAAUGAGAGGUUUGAUUAACUAAAGUAUGACAGUCACAUUUUUCAUUCUGAUUGAAGGUGGCAUGAAUGAGUUAAUUGCAUUCUGGAUCUGGGAAUGCUGAAAACCGAUAUAUGUAUUUAAAGCAUUCUUCUGCAGUGAAGUGGAAAUAAUUGUGUCACGCUGAGAGAAAGGAAUGGAAAGAAUCACACAAAAAAGAACUAGAUAAAUGUUAUUGGAACGGUGUGUUCGUUGGUUUGAAAUGAACGGUGGUGACCUUGAGGGUGAAGCAUUCUCAGCACAAAGCAACAUGACAGCGGUAAAGUGAUGGACACACAUCUACCGACAAUCAUGCCAAAUUUGAAUAUUUUCCCCCCCCUUAAGGUCAAAGUUAGCAAAUGCCUACAGAAAAGAAAGAAAACAGUUGAGCUCGGCAAUCAUACAUUUCAAACACUCAAUAUAGUUAUGAUGGCAAAUCCGAUUUGGGUCGAUUUAGGGAUUGUGAACACCAGUGAACACUUGAUGUUUCUCGGUCUCAAUAUGGCGGCUGACUUCUUCCACAACAGAAAAUUGGAUGCCAAGUAGUGAAAAUCAGCGAAUUCCUCAUUAAUAGGUUUAUAACUGCCUAAAGGUGCUAUCAAAUCACAGCAAAGUUCUACAUGAAGCUCCCCAACUCAUUUAAACGUUGUUUCUGGGCACAACGAUGCCACAAGAUGGCACCAAAACAAUAUUUUUAUUCUUGGCAGAGCUUUGGCCCGAGCACGGAAAUGAAUUAUAAAUUUAUGGGCAACAGGAAAAGCUCUUGGGUUUUAUUCCUCUCCCAGGGCUAAUUUAGACGAUCAGAUAGAAUAGAAUGUUGGAGAACCAAAACCAUGAAGGAUCUGGGCUAGCAUUUUUUAUGUCGCUUAUCUCCUUAGGUUUUAAAGUACGUAUGUCUUGUAUUUUGCUUGGCUAGCUAACGAGGCUUAGUGCUAACUUGGACCUGUUUGCAUCCUCUUCCAUUUCUUUAGACAUUACAAAUAGAGAUCCCAAGCCUAAUUAGGAUACAUAAACAUGAAUUUAGCUAGCUCAAAUGUUCCGGAAUCAAAUGGUACAAAUUCCCACGCCGCUAAGUAUGAUUUUCUCCUUCAAUAAAUGUUUCUUUCAGUGUAGUGGAAGGAAUCCAAGAGGGACUUUGUUUUUAUACAUAUCAUUCUGGGUUCCAACUACUGUGUAGUUGGUGUACUGACAAAUUCAUACGUUAGCUUAGCUCUUGGCUCUUGACGCAUACGUUCGCAUGACAUGACUUCACGACCUCUUUUGCAAACACCGAGACAUUCGAGCAUGCACUGCUGCAUUAACUACUCUUAGAUUCAUGUCUAUUUUUAUAUUGAACCUUUUAGAAUGGUUACUGCCACGCUCUCCUGGGUCAGUGUUGACAUUGCGGACUUCCAGUAGCCACCUCUGUCAUAUGGCUUUGUCAGAUGCAUAUCGAAGCUGCCCUAUCUUAAAGAGAGGUGACCGGUCAGAAUCAAAUUGAGAUUAUAAACAUCAAUGACCGCGACGCCGUUGUUGCACAUGAAUGCAUUUGAAAAUGUCAAACACGUCAUAUGUGUAGCUGUACUCUGUUUGCUUAAAAAACAAAAUUAAAAACUUUUUUUUCUGUCUA